AUGUUUCUGACAUUUGUCGUGCUGAUGGUUUCAACAUUAUGUGGAUCGUGUGAGAAUGUGUCACCAACACCUGGUCUGAAAUCAUUCAGACAGGAUUAUAAAAACAUUGAAGAAACCUGUUUGGCUGUUGGCUUUGUCAAAAACAAUUGUAGAAAUGACUCCAAGACAUCCAAGACAAGUGAGGAUUAUCAAAUGGUUGCUUUUGAUGUGCGAUUAAAAUACCAUAAAAGAAACAUUGCCACAAAAGCACGGAUCAUGUUCGAAACGGUUGAUCUGAACGAAGGACUUGGAUACAACGCCUCCGACGGAAUCUUCACAGCCCCUAGUGGCGGGAUCUACGUGUUUGACUGGACAAUUCUUGCAUGGCAAGGUCAAACUGCUUACACCUCACUUGUCGUGAACGACCAGUUUAAGUCAUGGAAUCAUUGUCACGACAUCGGCUCUAAAACUUGGCCUCCCUGUAGCAAAAUGACGGUAGUAAAGCUAAGGCAAGGAGACAAAGCUUGGAUUGGAGUUUACAGUGGAACAGCAAAUAUAUUUGCAAAGCACACUUCAUUCUCUGGUUUCAAACUGUAA